AUGCUGUGCCCGGUGGUGCCCUCCGACCAGCCGGCGCAGAACUGCGCCGCCAACUACACGUGCGCGCCGCUGCCACAGCUCAGCCCCAACGUGAGCACCAGCCUGGCGGGGCUGGGCUUCUGCACCGAGGAGCCGGCGGGCGGCACCUUUGGCUCUCUGCAGUACCUCCAGUUGGCCAAAGCGCCCACCCCCCUGGCCUACUUUCCGCUCACCAGCGGCUCCCUGGAGUCGCUGCUGCUGCCCGCCUACAACGGCAGCCUCAGCGGCAUCCCACUGCCCACUUGGCACCAAGACCCCACCUUUGGCAGCGUCAUCAACUGCACCAGGGAGGCGCAGAGCGCGGUGAUGCUGGACACUGUGCCAUAUGCCUCCAACGGCAGCUUUGCCGUCAGCCUUUGGAUGCAGCGCCUGCCAGGCAGCGACACCAGCGGCGAGCUCUUUCAGUACCUCUACUCCCACACCGGCCUGGGCGGCCAGACCACCGGCCAGGCGCCCAACAAGGCGCUGAGCCCCAGCAUUGACGAACGUGGCGAGCCUCAGCAGCACGUGGCCAUCUACCUGCCAGACCGCGGCCACCCGGCGUACGGCGUGGUGCGCGUGAUUGUGAGCGAUGCCAAUGACACCGGCGGCCGCUGGGCGGAGCCCACUUUCAUGGACAGCGACGGCACGCUGGGCAAUGAUGCGGGAGGCCGCAAGGCCAAGCAUGCAGGCGAGGCGCCCUCUUACGUGAAUGAUGGAGGCUGGCACAUGGUGACCGUGUCCACUCAUGCCAACGACACCCCUGGGUUUACCCUGUUUGUGGACGGCCAGCAGGUUGCCGAGCUGAGCCCCUCCACCAAGCUGAACAACGGCAGCGCUGCGGCGGUCACGGGGGGCGACCCUGCCCGCCUGGCCGACGACAUCGUGCUGUGCGCCAGGAGCGACCUGGAUGAAGACAGGUUCUUCGACGGCAGCGUGGCCCACCUCAUGCUCUUCAACGAGGCCUUGACGCCUGACCAUGUCGCGGGCCUGUAUGCUGCGUACAGCCAGAACGGAACCAACGGCACAGGCGUGCCGCUGGUCACUGCUGCCGAGGGCAGCCCCGAUUCGUCUGCCAUGGCUGCCGACCCCAGCCAGUCCAGCCACGUCGGGCUGACCAGCGGCGAGAUUGCGGGCAUCGUGGUUGCCAGCAUCGGCGCCGGCGUGGCCGUUGUCACCCUGCUCGCCCUGCUGGCUGCUGGCCUCCGCAAGCGGCGCAACCGCUUUGAACGAUACGAGGACAAUGCCUUCCCUGGCGCCGCCUUCACCAACGCCGAGGCGGGCGUGCCGCUAGGGGCCGACCGCAGCGGCCCGGCUGCCCUUCCGCGCUCCUCCGCUGGCCACAGCAUCCAGCUGUCCUCCGGCAAGAGCCUGCCCGUGAGCAGCAUGGCCUAUGAGGACUCUGCUGCGGCUGGCUCCUUCUCCCAGCGGCGCAUCGAGCCCGCCCUGAGCGACGUCUCCUCCCUGGCCCCCAGCGUGGCGGGUGGCCACACGGCGGACGAUGGCAGCGACAUGGACACAGCCUCCAUGGCCACGGCUCGCAGCAGGAUGUCGGACAGCUUGUCCAUUGAGCCAGGCAAGAGGGGCCUGAUCAGGAAGGGCGGCGCCCGCGUGGUGCUGCCGGGGGUGCAGGAAGCAGACCCGCGCGGCCCCGAGGAGCCCUGA